CCUCUUUCUCUCUCCUCCCCCCAACCCACCCCCACCCCAAAAAUCCACUCGACUUUGAGCUCCGCGAUUCUCCCUCCGCUUAUUCUCACCGGGGGAGGUGACCGUAAGCGCGACGAUGGACCCCGAGUUUCUCGUCGAGAGCAUCCGCCGCCACCUCCUCGACGAUCCCGAGGAGGUCCCGUCACCUGCUGCUGCUGCUGCUGCUGCGGCGGCGGGGGCGGUAAGCGUACCGCAGGGGCCCCGCGCGUACGCGCGGAGCUCCAGCUUCGGGAGCCUCGUCGCGGAUCAGUGGAGCGACCUCCCCUUCCGCGCCGACGACGCCGACGACAUGGUCGUGUACGGCGCCCUCCGCGACGCGUUCUCCCUCGGGUGGCUCCCCGUCGACGGCGCCCCCGCGCCGGAGGAGGCGGCGGAGGCGCCGCCGACGCGGGCUCCGGCUUCGGCGGCGGCGGCGGGGGUGGCGAGGGGGAAGCACUACAGAGGGGUGAGGCAGAGGCCGUGGGGGAAGUACGCGGCGGAGAUUAGGGAUCCGGCGAGGAACGGGGCGAGGGUUUGGCUGGGGACGUUCGAGACCGCGGAGGAGGCCGCGCUCGCGUACGACCGCGCCGCGUACCGGAUGCGCGGCUCGCGCGCGCUCCUCAACUUCCCCCUCCAGAUCGGCUCCGAGCAAGCCGCCGCCGCCGCCGCCUCUCCGGCGCCGGCGAAGCGCCCCUCGCCGGAACCCUCGUCGUCGCCCUCCUCGUCGUCGACCUCGUCGUCGUCGUCGCCGAAGAGGAGAAGGAAGAGAGGGGAAGCGGCGUCCGUGGCGGCGGCUCCGGCUCCGGCUCCGGCUCAGAGUUCGAUCCCGGUUCAGACGCAGACCGGGUUGGUAUUCGCGACCGGACCGGAGGUAAAUUUCCCGGUCGGGCCGCUGACACGUGUCGGUCAGCUUUUG